AUGCCUACUAUAAGUGAUUUUACGGGGAAAGUAGUGCUGAUCACCGGUUCGAGUAGUGGUAUCGGAGCCACGACUGCCAUUGAGUUCUCGCGAUCGAGUGCUCAGGUAGUGACCACCGGACGAAAGGCAGAGAAUGUAACACAAGUGGCCAAUAAGUGCCAUAAAGUCUCACCAAAAGGUCUGAAAGCACUGGAAGUGGUGGCGGAUGUGACCAAAGAAGACGACUGCCGACGUCUGGUCGACACCACAAUCAAGUCUUUUGGAAAGUUGGAUAUUUUGGUAAAUAAUGCGGGAAAAGGAUCCCAUAAUUCGCUAUACGAUAGUCAUCUGAUGGACUCUUACGACGAAGUGAUGGCCACUAACUUGAGAUCAGUUGUCUAUUUGACACAUCUCUGUGCACCACAUCUGGAGAAAACUCGGGGUAAUAUUGUUAACAUCUCAAGUGUUGUGGCUUUGGGUCGAUCUCGUGAACAAUACGAUGAGUUCUUGGAUGAAAGGGCGAAGUCAUUGCCGUUGGGACGAGUGGGCGAUCCCAUAGACAUCGCCAACGCUGUGCUAUUCCUGGCGUCAGACGAGUCGUCGUUUGUCACCGGAGCUAAUCUACUGUCCGACGGCGGGUCUCUUAACGCCUGA